CCUGUUUUGGAAGUCUGCUUGUGGCAUACCUAUGUGACAAACGAGUGCUUGACACCUGCUAUAUUGGUCUGGACUUGUCGCCAUGGUGUAGUAUCUCUGUAUUGUACCUUGGGAAGCCAGUGUUCGUAUACGCCAUGAAUGCAAGGGGCGCAGUAGCAGCCACUGGCCUGGCCUGAUCAAAUCACACGACUAAUCUGCGUUGCGGCGGAGUUGCAGGGAGCCGUCAUCAGUCGCGCGCAUAGCCCUCAUUUUCAGGGCAACUACGCAGCAAGCACAGCCUUCUCUUCACUCUGUGGCAUCCUCUUUUCUCUAUUAGCAAGCCAGACAGAAACAUAGCGAACGAGUGGAAUUUAGAGCAAGAUGAUGAAUGCAGCGAUUCAGACAAACAUUGCACGGCUUCAAAUUAUGAAGGCCAAGGUGCUGGCAGCACUGCGCAAGGGUGAAAACUACGAGCUGAAGACAGAACUGAACAGCGAAUACAGGGAGAGGCGGAAGGAGGCGGUGCGGCGAGUAAUUGCCAACAUGACAGUGGGCAAGGACGUCAGCGGACUAUUCACAGAUGUGCUGAAGAACAUGCAGACGGACGAUUUGGAAAUCAAAAAGCUCAUUUACCUGUACCUAAUUAACUACGCCAAAACGCAGCCCGACCUGGUCAUUCUCGCAGUCAACACGUUCGUCAAGGACACCGAGGACAGCAACCCGUUGAUCCGCGCGCUGGCCAUCCGCACCAUGGGCUGCCUGCAUGUGCCUGAGGUGCUGGACUAUCUGUGCGACCCGUUGCGCACCUGCCUGAAGGACCCGAACCCAUAUGUGCGCAAGACGGCGGUGAUGUGUGUGGCCAAGGUGUUUGAGCUGAAUGCGGCAGUGGCGGAGGAGAACGGGUUCGUGGAUGCGGUGCGCGAGUCGCUGUCGGACUCGAAUUCGAUGGUGGUGGCCAAUGUGGUUUCGGCACUGGCGGAGAUGAACGAGAUGGAGGGCGGGCGCGGCAUCUGGCGGCUGGAUACAUCUACAGUCGGAAAGCUGCUGACAGCUGUCAAUGAGUGCACCGAGUGGGGCCAGAUUGCGAUCCUCGAGGCGCUGGUUGACUACAGGCCGCAGGACGAGAAGGAGGCAGAGAACAUCUGCGAGCGUCUGCUGCCGCGGCUGCAGCAUGCCAACGGUAGCGUGGUGUUGUCGACGGUGCGGCUGCUGCUGACAUACGAAAAGUACGUGAAGCGGGCGGACCUGCUGCAGCAGUUCUCAAAGAAGAUGGUGCCGCCGCUGGUCACACUGUUGUCGUCAGAGCCCGAGAUCCAGUACGUGGCGCUGCGCAACAUCAACCUGAUCCUGCAGCGCCAGCCGAAGCUGCUGAGCAAGGAGAUCCGCGUGUUCUUCUGCAAAUACAACGACCCGGUGUACGUCAAGUACGAGAAGCUGGAUGUGCUCGUGCGUAUCUGCUCGGAGCGCAACGUCGAGCCGCUGCUCAAUGAGCUCAAAGAGUACGCGAAGGAGGUCGAUGUCGACUUUGUGCGCCAUGCUGUCCAGGCCAUCAGCCGGCUCGCAAUCAAGUACGACUCGGCAGCCGAGCGCGCUGUCAAGGUGCUGACGGACCUUAUCAGCACCAAGGUCGAGUACGUGGUCCAGGAGAGCAUGAUCGUGCUCAAGGAUAUUUUCCGCCGGUACCCCCAGCGCUUCGACGGCGUGAUUGCCACGCUGUGCGAGUACAUCGACAUAGUAGACAAGCCCGAGGCUAUGGCAGCGCUGAUCUGGAUCAUCGGCGAGUACUCGGAGCACAUCACCAACGUCGGCAACGUGCUGUCGGGCAUGUUUGAGGGGUUCCUGGAGCAGGAGGACGAGAGCGUGCAGCUGGCCCUGGUCAACGCGGCUGUCAAGUACUUCCUGAAGAGCCCGCAGCAGGGCCAGGCGCUGGUGCUCAAGGCACUGCAGACGGCCACUGAAAAGUGUGCCAACCCGGAUGUGCGCGACCGCGCAUAUAUCUACUGGCGCCUGCUGUCGGCCGAUCCAGAGGCUGCGCGGUCGGUUGCGCUGGUGGACAAGCCGCCGGUCGAGCUGGAGAACGUCAAUCUGCCGGACUCGCUGCUGCAGGAGCUGGUGAAGGAGCUCGGGUGCGUAUCGUCGGUGCUGCAGAAGCCCGCCAGGCUGUUCGUGUAUAAGCGCGCCGAGAAGGCUGGGCUCCCGCGCCAUGCCGAGACUGUGGGCAGCGAGGCUGAUGAGGAGACCACGACAAGCGAGGCUGCCGCCGGGGGCGUCGACACCACCAACGAGGGCGAGCCGGAGUUGCUGAUCUCGUUCUAGCAUUUUGCCAUUCUUUUUAUCCAUUUUUCGAGUUAAUUUUUGAACACACCCACAUAGUCCAUGUC